AUGACUACAAACGUCGUUCUAGAAACCUCAAUGGGCCCCAUCACCCUCGAGCUAUACACCUCCCACGCCCCCAAGACCUGCAAAAACUUCGCCACCCUCGUCUCCCGCGACUACUACGCCUCCACAAUCUUCCACCGCGUCAUCCCCGACUUCAUGGUCCAGGGCGGCGACCCCUCCGGCACCGGCCGCGGCGGCUCCUCCAUCUACGGCGACAAGUUCGACGACGAGAUCGAUCCGGCCCUCAAGCACUCCGGCGCGGGAAUCCUCAGCAUGGCAAACGCCGGGCCCAACACGAAUGGCUCCCAGUUCUUCAUCACGCUCGCACCGACGCCCUGGCUCGACGGCAAGCACACCAUCUUUGGGAGGGUCAAGAGCGGGCUCGGCGUCGUGAAGCGCAUGGGAAUGGUGCCGACGGGGCCCGAGGACAGGCCGGUGGAGGAGAUCAAGAUUUUCAAGGCGCGGGUGGUGGAAGAUGAUGAAGAGCAGCUUUGA